AAAUUUUCAUGGUGCUCAUUGCAAGGCUUCAGACAAUUACUGUGCUACCGUCACUUCAUGGGAGAAAGGGCAGAAUCAUUGGCUACAGUGAAGAGGAAACAAACAAAUUAGAGUGCAUUAAUCUGCAGCAGUGAAUAUUAUGUAGAACCAGAGGAUCCAGGUCCUGAAGCUCAUGGUGCAAGGAGCAGAGCAGUGUAAGACUGGAAACAUCUGGGCUGGAUGGACUUUAGCAUCAAAAGAAGUUCUCAACUUUUAACUCGAAAAAUUAACUACUUAAAAAUGAAGCAAGUACCAGAGAUCCUUGGAAAUACCAAUGGGAAGACUCAGAAUUGUGAAGUGAAUCGUGAGUGUUCUGUCUACCUGGGCAAAGCACAACUUUCUGCCACUCUGCAGGAAGGUGUCAUGCAAAAAUAUAAUGGCCAUGAUGCUCUUCCAUUCAUCCCAGCUGAUAAGUUGAAAGAUCUGACUUCUCGUGUGUUCAAUGGUGAAUCCGGGGCCCAGGAUGCCAAGCUGCGCUUUGAACCCCAGGAAAUAAAAGGAGUUGGAACACCACCAAACACUACUCCUAUCAAGAAUGGUUCUCCAGAAAUCAAGCUGAAAAUCACUAAAACCUACAUGAAUGGAAAACCUCUGUUUGAAUCUUCCAUUUGUGGAGACAAUGGUGCAGAUGUGUCACAGUCAGAGGAAAAUGAACAAAAACCAACAAACAAGGAGAGGAGGAACAGAAAAAGAAGCAUAAAAUAUGACUCCUUACUUGAGCAGGGUCUUGUUGAAGCAGCGUUGGUGUCAAAGACUUCAAGCUCCCCUGAAAAUAAGGCUCCUGCUAAGAGAGAUUCAACACAAAGUACCAUCAAAGAUGACAAAGUCCAUCUGUUGAAGUACAAUAUAGGAGAUCUAGUGUGGUCAAAAGUAUCGGGUUUUCCUUGGUGGCCAUGUAUGGUUUCUGCUGAUCCUAUUCUUCAUUCCUACACUAAACUAAAAGGACAGAAAAAGAGUUUUCGUCAGUAUCAUGUUCAGUUUUUUGGAGAUGCUCCAGAACGAGCCUGGAUAUUUGAGAAGAGCCUUGUGCCUUUCAAAGGAAAAGAUCAGUUUGAACAAUUAUGCCAGGAAAGUGCAAAACAAGCCCUCACUAAAGCAGAGAAAAUAAAGAUGUUAAAACCUGUUUCAGGGAAGCUGCGACCGCAGUGGGAGAUGGGUGUUAAGCAAGCAAGUGAAGCAGUAGGCAUGACAGUGGAAGAACGGAAGGCCAAAUACACCUUCAUCUACAUUAGGGACAGACCUCAUCUUAAUCCUCAAGUGGCAAAGGAAGUUGGCAUUGCUGUGGAGCUUUUAGAGGAGGAGGUAGAUGAGUCAUCUUACUCAAAUGAAGAAACCACUGAAAGUCUGAAAUCAGUGAAGGAGUCUGGCAUUCCUAACAAGAGGAGGAGAAGGACAUCAAAAUUGUCUGCCACUGAUGAUGCACAAGAUAGCAGUCAGUUGGAGACUAAGAAUACUACUCCUCAAAAGUCAUCUGAACAGGCUGAGUCCAAAAGAGGGAUAGGCUCCCCUCUCAGUAGAAAGAAAACUCCAGCCUCUACUCCACGAAGCAGAAAGGGCGAUGCAGUAUCUCAGUUUUUGGUCUUUUGUCAGAAGCACAGAGAUGAGGUGGUUGCUGAACAUCCCGAUGCAUCAAGUGAGGAGAUUGAAGAGUUGCUUGAAUCGCAGUGGAACAUGCUUAGUGAAAAACAGAAAGCUCGCUAUAACACAAAGUUUGCCAUAGUGACCUCUCCCAAAUCUGAAGAAGACUCUGGUUCAUCAUUGAAGAAUAUUGGAGAGGCCAAACGUAAAGUGUUUCAAGACUCACCUAAAAGGAGAUCAAGAUCCAGAAGUAACUUACAUGGAAAUAAAAGAAACCAAAAAAAGAGGACAAAGGAACCUACAGAAGAUUUUGAAGUUCAGGAGGCACCUAGGAAAAGACUCAGGAUGGAUAAACAGAAUAAUCGGAAGAGGGAGACAAGCAAUGACAAAACACCAAAAACAAACUCUACUAAGGUCACAGAAACCUCCUCUUCACAAAAGAACCAGUCAGCAACGAAAAAUCUGUCUGAUGCAUGUAAACCUCUGAAGAAGCGAAAUCGGGCUUCAGCAGCAGAAUCUUCAACUCUUGCUUUUAGCAAAAGUUCAUCUCCUUCAGCUUCCUUAACUGAGAAUGAGAUCUUCGAUGGCCCAGGAGAUGAGCGCUCAGAGUCUCCCUAUGAAAGUGCUGAUGAAACUCAGACUGAAGUGUCUAUAUCAUCCAAAAAAUCUGAGCGAGGAACGGGAACAAAAAAAGAAUAUGUGUGUCAGCUAUGUGAAAAAACAGGUGAUCUCCUGCUGUGUGAAGGACUUUGCUAUCGAGCUUUUCACGUGAGCUGCCUUGGGCUCUCUGGAAGACCAGCAGGAAAAUUCGUUUGUAGUGAAUGUACAUCAGGUGUGCAUACCUGCUUUGUGUGUAAAGAGAGGAAGGCAGAUCUGAAGCGCUGUGUUGUAUCCCACUGUGGAAAAUUCUACCAUGAAGCCUGUGUGAAAAAAUUCCAUCUUACCGUGUUUGAGAACAGGGGUUUUCGAUGUCCUCUGCACAGCUGCCUCAGUUGUCAUGUUAGUAACCCCUCCCAUCCACGAAUUUCAAAAGGAAAGAUGAUGCGCUGUGUUCGCUGUCCUGUUGCAUACCAUGCUGGAGACGUGUGCAUUGCUGCGGGAUGUGCAGUCAUCGCUUCCAACAGCAUUGUUUGUACGAAUCAUUUCACUGCCAUGAAAGGAAAAAGUCAUCACGCGCAUGUCAAUGUGAGCUGGUGCUUUGUGUGUUCCAAAGGAGGAAGCUUGUUGUGCUGCGAGUCGUGUCCUGCAGCAUUUCACCCGGACUGUUUAAACAUCGAAAUGCCAGAUGGGAGCUGGUACUGCAAUGACUGCAGGGCAGGGAAGAAACUCCAUUUCCAGGAUAUUAUUUGGGUUAAACUGGGAAAUUACAGAUGGUGGCCUGCAGAAGUUUGCCAUCCGAAAAAUGUUCCCCCAAAUAUCCAGAAAAUGAAGCAUGAAAUUGGAGAAUUUCCUGUAUUUUUCUUUGGUUCUAAGGAUUACUUUUGGACACAUCAAGCACGGGUGUUCCCUUAUAUGGAGGGAGACAGAGGGAGUAGAUACCGGGGGAUUAAAGGAAUUGGAAAAGUCUUCAAAAAUGCUUUGCAAGAAGCUGAAGCUCGAUUUCGAGAAAUAAAGCUACAGCGAGAAGCCAAAGAAACCCAAGAAAGUGAACGUAGACCUCCACCAUACAAGCAUAUUAAGGUGAAUAAACCUUGUGGUAAAGUGCAGAUAUAUACUGCUGACAUUUCUGAGAUUCCCAAGUGCAACUGCAAACCCACAGAUGAAAACCCUUGUGGCUUUGAUUCUGAGUGCCUCAAUCGGAUGUUGAUGUAUGAAUGUCAUCCACAAGUUUGUCCAGCAGGAGAACGAUGCCAAAACCAGUGCUUUACAAAACGUGAAUACCCUGAGACAGAGAUCAUCAAAACAGAUGGGAAAGGAUGGGGUUUGGUUGCAAAGAGGGACAUUAAAAAGGGAGAGUUUGUGAAUGAGUAUGUUGGUGAGCUCAUUGAUGAAGAAGAAUGUAUGGCAAGAAUCAAAUAUGCACAUGAAAAUGACAUUACUCACUUCUAUAUGCUUACUAUUGAUAAGGACCGUAUUAUUGAUGCUGGCCCCAAAGGGAACUAUUCUCGUUUUAUGAAUCACAGCUGCCAACCAAAUUGUGAAACUCUGAAAUGGACGGUAAAUGGAGAUACUCGUGUUGGCCUGUUUGCUGUGUGUGAUAUUCCUGCAGGGACAGAGCUGACUUUCAAUUACAACCUUGACUGUCUGGGCAAUGAAAAAACAGUCUGCAAAUGUGGUGCCCCAAACUGCAGUGGAUUUCUUGGGGACAGACCAAAGAAUUCUUCCACUAAUGCCUCAGAAGAAAAAGGCAAAAAGACCAAAAAGAGAACACGGAGGCGUAGAAUGAAAAAUGAAGGGAAGAAAGAAUCUGAAGAUGAUUGUUUUCGUUGUGGUGAUGGAGGCCAGCUGGUGUUGUGUGACAGGAAAUCUUGUACUAAAGCCUAUCAUCUCUCCUGUCUUGGUUUAGUGAAACGUCCUUUUGGGAAGUGGGAGUGUCCUUGGCACCACUGUGAUGUUUGUGGCAAACCUUCUGUUUCAUUCUGCCACUUCUGCCCAAAUUCUUUUUGCAAGGAACACCAAGAUGGGACAGUACUAAAUUCUACAUUGAAUGGACAGUUAUGCUGCUCUGAACAUGUUCUCGGGGUGGAUUCUGUUGAAACUCAGAAGACUGAGAAACCCCGCAAAAAACUGAACAAGUUGAAGCCUAAGAGAAAGGAGAGGAGCAGAUGGAUGAGAGCCGAAUGCAAAUAGUCAUGGACUGCAGUUACUACUGCCAACACUAUCUUGUAGAUAAGUUGUGAAUAUUACCAGGGAAGGACACAAUUUUACAUAUAUUCUGUAAAGGUUACGGGGGGGAGGGGCGGGGGGGAUUUUUUGUUUUGUUUUAUUUUGUUUUUGUUUUGUUUUAUAAAUCCACUGAGCCAACCACAGCAGUCUUCUGCUGCUUCUGCACUGAUAACGAACUACAUAGUUCAGAAAAUUUCAGGACAAACCAAACUUAUUACUCAGCAUUACAGUUACACUUGAAUUGUUACGAAUGUAUAAGGUUCCCUCCAAUCUUCUUUCAGGUUGGAGGUAGGUUAAUAUCAAAGCAAGUAGGCAUAAACAUAGAUUUUGAGAUAGUAUUUGUCAAUCAACAGAUGUUUAAAAUAGUAUAUCCUUGAAAGAAGAUAUUAGCUCUUGAGUCCUUUUAAGUGAGAAAUGGCUUGGUCUGUGGUCCCAAUGAGAUUUACUUGCCUUGUGUGUUUUUGAGCAAGUGCUUGGAUGCCAUUCAUGACCCAGGUGCAUAUCUGACAAUAACCACACACAGAACAAUUUGUGCUCUUAUGAAAUAACUCUCCAGCGAUUCUUAACCCGUAUUUUUCAGUAUCUUCCCACUGAGAUUUAUGGUACGUGGUGGGAAAGGCACUCCCUGUACCAGAGAUGGGAAAUCUUGCACUGUAAGAGACCUUUUUCUAUACUAUUUUUUCCUGUAUUUCAUUCCAGCAGAAUAGAAUUGAUUUGAUCUUGCAGAGCUGUACAGGACUGGAUUUAAAGUCUUGCAAUCUAGGCCCAGUGCCCUAGGAUUUUUUUGUUGUUGUUUUAGUAAGAAUAAAUAAUACCAAGCCUACUGUUUGGAGAAAAAAUGUUUCUUUUCUCAAUGCCAAACAAUGCAGAGGCAGACAUUUCUUUGGAAUUCUGGGAUUCCAGGCAUUGCAACUUUGUGGUAAUGCAAAAAAUGCCCAAGGAGGAACAAAAAAGAAAACCAUGGAUGAGACAAUGGAACAGAAGGUGAAGCUUGACUAGCUGCCCAAGUGCCAAACAACUAAUUAAAAGUGAAGGCAAUUUUUGGAAAAAAAAAAAAGCAUAUGAGGAACAGUUUUAACAUGAAGUUUAGCCUGACUCCAUUCCUUUUUGUACAGUUUAUGUAGAACUGGCUACUUGACUUGGCAGGCAGCUCAAAAUCAUUCUUGAGUUUUUUUAGGAGCUGUGCUCUUGACUAGCUGAUGACCAGUGUGUUGUGUCAGCAAAGCUGCUUUGAGUUCUUUGCUCCCAUGGGGUUUUCCUCUUGCAGUGAGAUAAAAACACAAGAUUUAGUUUUAAUGGAAAUAAUACUAGAACUAGGAAAAAAUGGUAGAGAAAAAUGUCUUUACCUGUUUCUUCCCAGUGCGUGUCAUUGGUGUGUGACUGAUUAGGCAGUGUUUUGACUUGUGCCAUGUUAUCCAGCCUAUGUAAACAGAAUGUGUGCCUUCAUUGAAGAAUUUGUGCAUGUUCUAGCUUAGUUUCCCUUUGGUAGUGCAGAAACUCUGUGUAGCCAUUUUGAAAUUGAAGCCUUGCUAUAUCAUAAAAUGUAAGUUUCUUUCCAAACGUUUUUUCUUCAGAAUUUGAUUACAGAUUUAGAUUUUGGAAUUACUGAAAUCCCCACUUGUUCCCAACACUUGAAACUUUGGUGUUAUUAGGAGUUAUUAACUGAAACAGAUUUUAAAUGCAGCCUUGUCCUUGUCCUGAACUCCUCGAUUUCUAUUUUGUAAGCAAACAGAUGUGUUUUUUUCUUUUAACCCAUUCUAUAAACACUGUUGGAAAGUGUUGGGUUUUUUUCCCCAAAAUAAUUAUAUAAUAAUAAUUAUGGAUAAAACAGCUCAGUUCAAAAUGGGGGGAAAAUGUUUCAUGUUUGUGUCUUUAAACUGGUACGCCAAGCCUUGCACUCAAGGAAACAAUGAAGAUUUCUUAGUUGAGUUGGAGGGAAAUUUACCCUCUUCUAUAGAUAUUUGUUAUACCAGGACUGAAGCAUAGGCCUGUGCCUAAAAUGAAAACCAAAAAAAUGUGUUGUGUACAUUUCUAUCGCGUCUUCAGGAAAGUGAGAUCAGGUAGUAAAACAGAAAGAUUAUCCUCAUCACUUUGAAACAAAAUGAAGGAACUUUAUGUCAUUGGGACCAUUAUUUGUUUGAAUUCUGUACCAUGUAAGGAAGACUUUAUAAGAAUACCUUUAAAUAAGUUAUUAUAAAAUCUUACCUUUACAUUCCACUGUUUUUAUAAUUUGUUAAAUCUGUAGUUGUUUCAUUGUUUUUUCUCUUCGUACAUAGACUCCGGCACCCUGGAACAGUUACUCCCAAUGUCCUAAUAGGCAGAUUCCCCCUCCUAGAAGCCACCAGCUCCAGUAGUUACUGAUGUCACUGCUGCAGAAACACCAUCGCUUAUCAGAUCGGUCGUGGAGCCUACAGCCCCCUGCCCUCCUCCUAGGUGGGGCCACAAACACAUUUAGUAAGGCAGGAUGCAGGACAGCCACCCCUUUUGUAUCUGUCU